UCUUCAAAUGAGACCAUAAAGGGUUAUAUCUUCUGACAGACAGCAACCCGAGACUGACCAACACAACCACAGACCUCCAACCGUGUUCCCACAGUAUGGUCAUGUCUGGUCUGACCAGGUCCAGCAGUGUACACAACGAUCACAGCGGUCACAACCUGUCCUCAACCACAACCACGCACGGUCACCACCCCGAUCAGAGCGGUGCGGUCGCCGUGGGCGGUUGUGGUCUCACUCCGGUCCUGGACUAUACGGCUGAGAUGGAGCGCUACCAAUCCUUCGCUAACUUCUACACUAAAACCAACGUGAAUAUGAACGCAGUUAACAGCAUGAACUUCCCUCAGUCGGCCAAGCUCGCCCACAUCACCGCUCCUAUGUUCCCCGGCGGCAGGCUCGGAGUGGGCGUGGCGGGCGUGACGCCGUGGGGUUGUCAUGACAACAUCAACAUGAAUAUGAACGUCAACGCGGCGAUGCUUUGGGGGCGGAAACCUCCCGUGCAUCAGACCACGCCCCUAGCGCCGCCCACAACACACCCGUCGCCCUCGACAACGCACAUGCAGCCCCACCGGACCGGCGCCGUGGCGGGCGGUCAGGGUGGAGAGGGCAAGCAGCACGCAAGACAUGGAGGACACGCCUCCUCACAGGGACAGGAAAUGCAUCAUCAUCACGGGAAUAACAACUUCCAGUCCGGCUAUGCUGCCGCCAAUCACAUGACCAAACAGGGCCAUGCCCACCAGGACAUGCUCAGCCUAUCGAAUCGCAGCAGCAGUGGCAACGGAGGAGGAGGCGGAGUCAACGGGGUCAACAUGUCCAACUUCCCCGCCGGAAUGCUGGGGUUACCACCCGGAGUCAUCGUCAUGGCGAUGGGGUCGCACAAUAACAUUUCGGACUCCUCCCACUUCCAGAUGACGACCAAUCAUAACCAACUUCUGUCGGACUGCCACCAUGUCAACCAGACAAACCCCUCACCCUGCUCUUCAACCUCGCCGGGGAUGACCUCUGGGGGUCAGGGGUCAGGAGCCUCCAAGAGGAAGAGGAAGCGGUGUGGAGUGUGUGCCCCCUGCAGAAGACUGAUUAACUGUGGGGUGUGUUCAGCCUGUAGAAACAGGAAGACAGGUCAUCAGAUCUGUAAGUUCAGGAAGUGUGACGAACUGAAGAAGAAGGCUGGGAGUAUACAGCUAGAGAGUCCUCCCUCAGUGCCCAGUGGAGAAGCUUUCAGAUGGUUCUUCUAGAUGUCAGACCACAACCUCACUCCAAAUGUGACCACAACCUCACUCCAAAUGUGACCACAAUCUCACUCCAAAUGUGACCACAACCUCACUCCAAAUGUGACCACAACCUCAUUCCAAAUGUGACCACAACCUCACUCCAAAUGUGACCACAACCUCACUCCAAUGUGACCACAACCUCACUCCAAUGUGACCACAACCUCACUCCAAUGUGACCACAACCUCACUCCAAUGUGACCACAACCUCACUCCAAUGUGACCACAACCUCACUCCAAUGUGACCACAACUUAAUCUCAACAUGACCACAUUGGCACUUCUUCCCUUCCUCACUCAGACAGACAGAGCUCUUAUACCUCCAAACCCAUACCCAACUUGGAAACUUUACAGUCAGUGGUCUAACCACGGUUGAAUAGUGUGAUCUAACCACGGUUGAAUAGUGUGGUCUAACCACAGUUGAAUAGUGUGAUCUAACCACGGUUGAAUAGUGUGGUCUAACCACGGUUGAAUAGUGUGAUCUAACCACGAUCUCCCAACUCCACUGAUCAUGAUCCUUUCCUACUACUACCAUACUACAGUGGACUACACUACUAGUAUACUAGUGGACUACAGUACUACUGCUAUACUACAGUGGAAUAUACUACUAGUAUACUAG